CGGCCCAGCGCGGCCUCGGCGUUUCCGCCGUGCGUGCGCAGCGCUCCGCGAGCUCUUUACCUCCGAGCUCCGGGAGUACGAGUUUCCGGCCAUUCAUCCUCCCAGUCUCUCGGUUGUCGGUUUCGGGGUUCUUUCGCACCCAAAGGGGACGGCGCCGCUAGGAUGAAGCUAGUGAGAUUUUUGAUGAAAUUGAGUCACGAAACUGUAACCAUUGAAUUAAAGAAUGGAACACAGGUCCAUGGAACAAUCACAGGCGUAGAUGUCAGCAUGAAUACGCAUCUGAAAGCUGUAAAGAUGACCCUGAAGAACAGAGAACCUGUACAGCUAGAAACACUGAGUAUUCGAGGAAACAACAUUCGAUAUUUUAUUCUGCCAGACAGCUUACCUCUGGAUACGUUACUUGUGGAUGUUGAACCGAAGGUGAAAUCUAAGAAAAGGGAAGCUGUUGCAGGAAGAGGCCGAGGAAGAGGAAGAGGAAGAGGACGUGGCCGGGGAAGAGGAAGAGGGGGUCCUAGGCGAUAAUAAUGUCUCAAGAUUACUGUUUCAAAGUGAUAUGUGAUUUGGGAUAUUUUUUGUACAGGUUUGUUUAUGUGAGUUUUUAAUAAACAUAAAUGUAGGACAAAGUUGUCUAUUGCCUACAUCAGAAUAAGUUUUAAAUGUUCAUGAAUAUUCGUGAUACUGAAAUAGUAAGAGCUAAGCAUUACUACUAGGUAAUCCCAGAAUAAUUCCAUUUUUAUAUCAGGCUUUUAAUUUUUCAAAUUAGAAUUUUUCUUGUAUGAAUUUAUGUAGAAUAUACACCUUUUAACUUCACAUGCACUGAAUGUGCAUUUUAUUGUCUUUAUUAAUUCCUUUCUGUGGAACCGACCUACAAAUGACAUAAGUGCUUGGUACUUCAGAAAUUAAACUAUGUAAUGGGUCUAAAAUUGAUUUUCCAAAGUUUUACUCCAUGGAGACUUAGGUAUUUAGUAAAAAGUGAUAGUUUUCUAAAUUAGGAGUUAGUGAUUUCAUUGUUAUUAUUAGUUUUUUGAGGUUGGGUUAAUAGGUUCUCAGUGUAAUAUAGUACAUUCUUCUGAGUGAAACUGCCGGUAAUGUUCACUGUCAGUUGUAAGCAGUGUUGAAACCUAUUAAUGUGAGAUGUACCUGUCAGUGGCUCCUUUAUCAAGUACCUUUACAAGGAGUCCUAGUACAAAAGGAAAAAACCUACUUUAUUUGACAGCAAAACUGGAUUCUUUCCAGUCAAUAAGAAUUUUUAAAAAUUGUUUUAAUGGGUUAAGCUGAGAGAAAAAUACCUCUCUGUAUGUACAAUUCCUUACAAAGCUUACUACCAUUUGUUAGUAUGUUAAGGGGAAACCCUAACUUUAAGGGUUGAAGGGAACUAAAUCUGAUUUCAUUUAAUCACGCAUGUGGGGUUUUAUUUUAUUAAAUGAAAAGGAACUUUUCUGCAAAUAUCAUUAUCUAAAAAAGAAGGUUUAGGCCCUGUUACAAGGUUACAUAAAUUGAGAGAUAGCAAGAGCAUUUGUCUGUGUGUGUGUGUGUGUGUGAAUCUGAUCUAUUGGUGCUGGUAUAUUAAUUGAAUGAAGACAAAAGGCAAGGGAGCCCAGUGAUGCAGCAAGGUACAAAGGAGAUUUCAGGUGACAAAAAAAGACUUGCACAGGUGAAUAAACAUGAGUUGACUCCUGUCAUGGAGUUAAAUAAGUGUACAUAGGUUAAUUGCAAAUUGUGAAUGCCGUGAUGAUAGACUGCUUCAUGUUACCUAUCUGUUUUUAAAAUUGUGUGCUGGAAGCCCAUUUUGAUUUUUAAGUUCAAAUGUCAAUGUAACAAAGAUUUUUCACUAUGGUUUAUUUUGAGAGUUUUAACAUUUAGAUAUUUGUAGUGUGAAACCAUUCUAAUAACACAAUUUAAAUGUUAAGAUUAAACCACAGUGGAUACUAGAUUGAGUUUAUUCCACUACAGGUCAUUAUUUCAUUUUUAUGUGAAAAGAAUUGUAUGAAGAAAAAGGUGUUUGAGCUGAUUGCUGCUAUUAGCUAAGAAGGGAAUACUGCCGUGUUAAAGAAAACAGACUAGGCUGCAGUAUGCUUCCCUUGCCUGCCUUCUUCCAAAAAAGUAGAUAGGAUCUUAAUGCAGCUGCGUUUUCCACACAUCUGGUAUCUUAAAGUUUAAGGUUUUAUGAGUUUGGGUAGAAAACUGUCAAAUAAAAGUGAAAUAAUAGAAAA